CUCGAAAAAUCGGAAUUUCCCAGUUCCGAGUAGAACAGGAAUGCAGCAUUACAAUGCGUCACCGGAACUUUGUCAAAGGGGGUGGGGCUAAUGUUUUUUGAAAAUUGCGGACAGCGGGCUAACUGUAAGUCAAUAUAUCUGAUUUUGUUCAAUAAUCUAAUAGAUUAAUCCCACAGGAUUAUGGCGUCGUGUCAUGUAUUGCAACGCAAAGAUCCCUGCUUUCAGUCUCCCGCGAAGAUUUUUGCGAAGCUGAAAUCUAAAGUUCAGAAAGAGGCGGAGGGCGACAAGGAGCUGAUGCGGAAGGUUAGAGAGCAAUAUGGACAUGGAGUCAAAGCAGCAGGUGUCAGCAGGGCCGAUGGACCGGGAUUUAAUCGGGACUCCGCGGGGUUCUGCUGGUCCGAAAAGAUGAAGGAGAACAACAGGUUUGCGUCCUGUCAAAUUCCAGCGCAGGCGGUAACCCUGUCGCCGAUCUCCAGCCCGGAGGAAACCGUUGACUAUCCGAUUAGCCGCGUCCCUCUGCACCAAGUAUCCCCACUUAAAGACAGAUUUCGUGGGUUCACACGGAGAAACAGAGUCCUAAUGGAGUCCACAUCUGUGUCCCAACUCCCGUCUGGGGUCUUCAGCGAUCAGAGCCCAGAUGGUUUCAGUAGGAUCCAACCCGGAGAGAUUUGCGGGAGGAGCGCGUUCAGUAAGGAAGCUCUUUCUCUCAAUCCCAAAUCUCCAUGCUGCGUCUUUUCCCCCAUAAAGAACAGACUGAGGAAGAGGAAACUGGAUCUGAAUGACACCCAGAAUCCCUCCAGAACCACCGAGGACUCAGGUCCACCUCAAGCCAGGAGAAGACCUGCUGCCUUUGGGGACAGCGUUGAGAGCAACCCCCGCAGACUGGUUUGGGGUAAUCUUAAAAGAUUCCCAGAACCAAAAGAAUCAGGAUCCAAUGGACUCAAACGGCCAGCUGUUAUUCUGGAUACAGGCCCCACAAUGUCUCCCGCCAAGUUAUUUGCUCUGAUGAAGGAAAGGGAAAGUAAACGGGAACAUCAGCAGAUUGAAACCUGCAGCAGAAGGGAGCUCUUUGCAGGGAACCAGAGAAACUUGCAGGAGUUUAGCGACUCUGACGUCUCAUCAACUCAUCACAUGGAGCACGUGCAGGACGUUCCCUCAGUGAAUACUGCUGUGAACCAGAACCAAGCGGAGACACCAGAGAGUCGGUCAGAAACCUCGCAGGACACUCCGAUCCCUGCUUCACCCUCCCCUACCGUUUUACUGGAGGACCCGCUGGUGCUCAACACGCCACAGAUCUCCAUACCGAAGAAAGACGAGGCGGUGUUCAGACGCAACGUUUGGCCCAAGCAGAAGAAAUUCCCAUUCGAGAGUGUGAUUCACCUCAGGAAGUGGUUCCUGAGAAGGAAUCGUCAGGGUUUGUUUGUGGACGGGAUUCACGUAGAGGAGAACAUUCAGUGGAACAGCAACGUCAUCACUGAGCGGAUCUCCAGAUCGGUGCUGAAGACCGUCUCCGGCAGGGUGUACAUCCUGAUGGGACCGAUGAACAUCAAACUCGCCUCUGAUUUUCCAAAGAAGUUCUUGAAGAAGUUUGUGAAUGGCUUCCCUUCAAACUGGAAGGCAAUUUAUGAGACGUUUCUGUCGGAGUCGAAAGAGCAGGCAGAGAAGAAGAACAAGGAUGCCGCCAUUUUGGCUAAGAAUGAAUCCCAGCUCCCUUCCAGGCCUGUGAGGCAGCAGAAAAUAAAAUCUGUAAAAACACCCGAGUCGCUUCCUUCUGCCUCCUCCCUCAACGUGUCGCGAAGCGGCCGGGUCAUCAAGCCUCCUCUGGAGUACUGGAAGGGAGGGAGAGUAAUCCUGGACGCUCAGAUGAACGUUACCAUCCACGAGGGUUACGAGGCAACCAGCCCUGAUAUUUUAACGAGCAAGCCCAAGAAGUCGGUGCAAGUCCUCUUCCCCUGCAAUGACGGUUUGAAGCGACACAAAUCGAGUCAAGACGAGAGCUGCUCUGUACCAGCGAGACGGUUAAAGGCGGACAUGAAGCUGCACAGAGCUGAGACUAACCGGGACCAGACCGCUGAUUCAUCUAACGAGAUGAUUAGCAAUCCAAAAGCCGUUUCUGGCAGAACGAGGUGCAACCGGCAGCGUCCAGGUGCAGAGAAAAGGUCGUGUUCGGACGCCGAACCACAGAAACGACGUGGACCUGAGAGGUCAUCAAAGAAACAGACACAGAACGCCACCAGGCCGCCAACGAGAACAUCAGAAACCGUCACAGAUCCUCAUGAGUCUCCUCCAGUUCGCAAUAAGGCAUCAAACCGACUGUCGUGUGAUUACGAGUUGCUGAGCACCAGAAGGAGACGAGGGCGCGGUGCGAAAGCUAUGGCGAGUUCUGGCAAAUCAGAUCCGGAUGAUGAGGUUUCAUCCAGCCAGUCCCCAGAAGCUCCAAAGGAGAAAAAGAAAAGCAGAGCAGGGGGAAAGAGGAACGAGGUGCAGGAGAAGAAGAAGAAAGAGAGCAGGAGUAGGAAGGCGCCGCCACCAGCGACGGCGACGAAGCCCGGCAGGAAACUGCAACAAAGCAAAGGCAGCGCCGUUGUUCCGCACGAGAAAGACGGAGACGAGUGGACGGAGGACGAGAUCCUGAAACUGCAGGAAGCGGUGACCUGCUAUCCCAGACACGUAGUGGGUUACUGGGCGAAGGUAGCGAGGAUGGUGGGGACACGUUCAGCUGAAGAGUGCUACAAGCAGCACACCUCCCAAGGAAACACCCAGAGUCCCAAGAAAAGCACCAAGAACUGCAAAAAGGUGAAGGAAGUGGCGGCAAAACCUGCAGAGAUUCCUGUGAUAUCUGCCCGAGUCGGGACGCUUAAAAGGAUUAAGCAGGUGCGGCAGUUCUUGGAGAAUCUGCCCAGAGACGACGUGGACGAUGCUUUCAGCUCGGCAUACAUGCAGAACAAACGCAUGGAGAUCCCCUCCUUGUGUUCGAGUGAAGAUCACGAUUUUGCAUUAUCAGACCUGGAGCCUCAGACGCCAAUGUCGUCGUGUUUCCCUGAGGCGAAGACGCCUCAGUGUUUGCACAUAACUCCUGGCAUGCUCGGCUCUCCAAACACGAAAAAUGACGACAAGUACGUCUUCCAGCUACAGAAGAGGAUGAAGAAGAAUCAGUUUAAUGUCCGCAAAACCUCGUCUUCUAAAACGAGGUUCUCGCCCACACCUUCCGCUAAGCGAACUGUACAAAGAUGCGCUAACACAGGAAAGGACACUUUUUUUGUGUUUGAGAUGUUCCCCGAAGACGACGGCGAAAUUUCCGAAAGCGAUGACGAGGAAGACUUUUACUUCUCAGACAACUGAUCUGGACUCAUGGAAUAAAUUUACAAAUAUCUCAGGAUUUUUAGUUGAAAUUCUUUUCAGGAAACUCAGAAAAUCACAGUGAAGGAGUAAUGUUUAACCUUCUGAGAUUUUUCUUAGGAAAUGCAGGAAGUUGGACAUUUAAACACACUUCUGUUGCUGGUUAUGAUCUGAAAAGUGAUGCUCUGGGCUUCCUUUGGACUUCUGUAAAUAUGUUAUUUCUUUAAAAUCCUUCAAAUAACCAGUUGUAAUUAUCUUUUUGAAUAAACAUUUUUCUAUUCUUUCA